AUGCCGGAAGGGACGACUUACGGGUAUUGGGAUGCCGCUUAUGGUGUUAUGAAUGAAGCCGGUUUAUCGAUGGGUGAGAGCAGCUGCAGUGGACGUUUGAGUUCUGUUCCGAAGGGAGACGGCCCGAACGGUAGCGGCGCCUUGUUCUGGGUGGGUGAAUUGUCUGAUAUCGCCCUCGAGGUCUGCUCCACUGCUAGAUGUGCCAUACAGACUAUGGAGGCUGGCGAGGCAUUAACAAUCGCCAAUGGUACCGAGGUAUGGGUAUUCCAUAUUCUACCUGAUGAUACCGCUGAAGGUGCAGUGUGGGCUGCUGAAAGAGUCCCCAAAGGCCAUGCUACCAUCGUCCCGAAUGUCUUUGUUAUUCGAGAGAUCGAUCCAAGUGAUGGUGACAACUUUAUGUUCUCUGACAACAUCUUCGAUAUCGCUUUGAAACUUGGUUGGUGGAAUGGUGAGGGUCUUCUGGACUUUACUGCCACGUAUAGUGUCAGCGAGUACAACAAUCCUUAUUACUCCGGUCGUCGUGUGUGGAGAGGUCUUUCCCUUUUCGCCCCUUCGCUCAAUCUCGAUCCAACUCUUGGUGUCGAAUGGGAUCAUCCAACCUAUCCCUUCUCAGUGGAGCCAGAUGUACCCGUUACCAUUGACUUUAUGAGGCGCUUCUACAGAGAUCACAUGGAGGGAACUGCGUAUGACCUCACUGAUCAUGUCGUUGCUGGUGGUCCCUUCANNNNCCACAGAUCAAACUAUAUUCAAUAA